AUGACUCUGCAACAGAAACAGUGGAUUGUGCUGAACAAGGAAAACAAUUUCGAUGGCGUUGUUUGCGUUGAUGCACCGGUCCCCGUUGUCGGUGAUAGUGAAGUCCUUGUAAAAAUCUGUGCCGCGUCAUUAAACUAUCGCGAUUUGGUCAUCCCAAAGGGAAGAUAUCCGCUUGCCCUCAAACUGCCUGUGGUACCUGGUUCCGACGGUGCCGGUGAAGUAGUCGAAGUCGGGUCAAAAGUUACACAAUUCAAGAAGGGAGACCACGUCACCACUCUUUUCAACCAGCAUCACCAAUAUGGUCCGGUCAAUAUUCAUGAUACAGGGUAUACCCUCGGAGGUGCAAUUGACGGAACCCUACGCGAAUACGGUGUGUUUGACCAGAAUGGCUUGGUAAAGUCUCCUAGAAACCUCACCCAUAUAGAGUCCAGUAUUCUCACAUGUGCUGGCCUCACAAGUUGGAACGCCUUAUACGGACUGAGACCCCUGUUACCUGGACAAACUGUACUAGUGCAGGGCACUGGAGGUGUUAGCAUCUUUGCUCUACAGUUCGCGAAAGCGGCUGGGGCAACCGUCAUUGCAACGACUUCUUCCCCCAAAAAAGCCGAAAAGCUAAAGAGUCUCGGUGCGGAUCAUGUCAUCAACUACAAGAUUAGUCCUAAUUGGGGCGACAUCGCUCGCGGCCUCACCCCUGAUAAUGUUGGGGUGGACUACAUUAUCGAGGUUGGGGGUGCUGGCACACUAUCCGAGAGCUUGAAAUGUAUCAGGUUCGAAGGAAUCAUCAGUAUCAUUGGGUUCCUCGGCAGUGCAGAUCCACGUGGUCAGCCCUGUGUUCUUGAAGCCCUGCAUAAAAUCUGCAUUAUCAGAGGUGUUUUGGUUGGGAGCAAAGCUUUGAUGCAAGAUAUGAUUCGGGCAAUUGAAUCCAAUGAUAUUCACCCUGUAGUUGAUUCAGUGGUUUUUACCUUGGAUAAAGCUAAGGAUGCCUAUAAGCACAUGGUACGUUUCUCACUUCUCCAAAACUGGGCUUUCAUGGUUACUGAACGAUUGAUGAACAGUGGGCGCAGAAGCAUUUCGGAAAAGUCACGGUAA